AUGAAUCCAGCGUGCAGACUGAACCUGGAGAGUAAGGAAUGCCAGGAGUGGAUGAACGAGGUGUGUGCCCACUGCGCCCACCUGCUGCCCGGCGUGGAGGAGGCGGAGCUCUGGGACAAGUGGUGGUCGGACGAUCUGCCCGCUCCUUUUAAGCCUCGAGUGGAUCUAAUGUCCGCCUACGACUGCCACAAGCUGCGCAAGGAAGUUGCCCACCAGGUGACGACUAGAGGAGAUCAGGAAUGGCUUGAGAACGAAGACAUUCCGGUCACGUGGACCAUCUGCCAGCUGAUCCUGCUGCUCAUGGUAAUGGUUUCCGCACUGAUCGCCAUGGUGUGUGUCCUGAAAAUCCUCUGCGAUGGACUGCGUCGCUGGUCGGGCAGCAUGAAGUCUGCUCCCACAAAAAAGAAGAAACCCGACGAGAAACCCCCGCCACCGCCGCCUCCUGUCGAUGUGGAGACCCCGCCCCAAAAGGACUCCUGCAAGCCGGCCAAGCAGCCCAAGGCCUUCAUCUCCUUCGGCCGGACCACCGACCCACGCACACGUUUCGGUCCGUACAAGCACCAGAAGCUGCUCCAGACCGCCUCCAUUCCGGAAUGCCAGCCGGCGGAGCACUAG